AUGAUAUCCAAACAUCUCGCCGUUACUGCCUUGUUUUUUGGCGUCGUACUGGGUGCCCCAGCACAGACUCGACACUCUUGCUCCAACGUUCAACUCGUUCACGCCGCAGGAACCACCGAGAACGGUCUCGGGUUGGUCGGCGCACCUCUUGCCAAGGCAUUGGCAUCUGCAAUUCCAGGGACGACGAGCUAUGCAAUCCCGUAUAACACUGGCCCCGAGUACUUUGAGACUGUAGAAGAAGGAGCAAGGAAGACGGAAGCAUACCUCGCUGAACAGUCCACUCUGUGCCCAAAUCAACAUUUUGUUCUAAGCGGAUACUCUAAAGGCGCUAUGGUGAUGCAUAAAACGAACCUCCCCGAUGGCAUCAAGUCCAAAAUCCUCACUGUUCUUGUUUUUGGUGAUCCAUAUAGAAAAAUUGGACGAGCAAAUACUUGGCCCAUCAAUUCACCCUCUGUUAACUCCAGCCCACGAGAAGGAAGCACGAGUACUCAAAAUGUUGCUAGCUUCUGCAACAAAGGUGAUGAGUUCUGCGAUCCGGCGGGAGCGAGCCUUGGGCCUCACCUCGCGUACCGAGACGAUGGAAGUGCCCCAGCCGAUCUUACAUCUCGUCAGUCCUCGGACUGCUCUGCAGUUCAGCUUGUACACGCUGCCGGGACUGGCGAAGUUGGCCUCGGAAUAGUCGGUACUCCUCUCGCCAGUGCACUCGCGUCCGCAAUCCCAGGCACUACAAGCUACUCGGUUCCAUACAGCACCAUCGCCGAGUACGUGGUCACCGUACAAGCGGGUGCAAGCACAACAGCCAACUACCUUUCGACCCAAUCAUCUCGAUGCCCAAGCCAAAAGUUCAUUCUGAGUGGGUACUCGAAGGGCGCGAUGGUCGUACAUGGUACCGAGCUCGACGACUCUGUCAAAUCAAAGAUCAUAUCCGUUCUCGUUUUCGGCGACCCACUGAGGAGCAUACAGAUAGCGACGUGGCCCAUUGAUUCGCCGUCGGUCAACUUGACUCCCAAGGACGGGAAAGCUGGAACCCAGAAUGUGGCCAGCUUCUGCAACGACGGGGACAUGUUCUGCGACCCUCCUGGAACGCUUAUUCCUCACCUCAUGUACCCUAUGGAUGGAAGCAUCGAGGCCGCCGCCAAAUUCGCCAAAGCAAAUGCUUGA